AUGAUUUCAGCAGAAAUUUCAACAGAAGUCAGUUCAACAUCAACUGAAUAUAAUGAUGAUCUUAUAACUACAACUGUAGUGACAAGUACCAAAACAAUUGAUCUAUCAACACGUACGUUUCAAUUUCGUUUUUGUUUUGCAUACGUUGCUAUCAUUGCCAUAUUAAGUGCUGUCAGUUUUAUAAUCGUACUUGAUAUACUCAAAUAUGGAUUUGGUAUUGAUCCAGUUCGUGAAGAACCUGAUCAGAUUCGUCGUAAACGAGCUUUGCUCAAACGGACUAAUCCUGAGACAAGAAAACCUCAAAACACAUUUCAUUUACGACGUAUGAACAAAGUAUCACCUUUUUCACAACGUCAAUAA